AUGACGACCGUUCGAGUUGCUCUCACCCAGCAUGAACCAUGCUGGUUCGACAUCCAAGGCACUGUUGACAAGACGGUUAAGCUGAUUCAUGAAGCUGCUGCCAACGGUGCACGGCUGAUCUCCUUUCCGGAAUGUUGGGUACCUGGAUAUCCCGUGUGGGUUUGGAAAUACCCUAGCCGGCCUGACCUCUUUGUGAAAUACUUUCGAAAUUCACUGGCCAGGGACUCCCCUGAGAUGCAUCGAAUCUGCGCGGCCGCGAGGGAAAGCAACAUCGUCGUUGUCCUCGCGUACUCUGAGCGGGCUGACGACUCCCUGUAUAUGAGCCAAAGCGUUAUCGAUGCUACCGGCGAAGUCCUGCUCAGUCGGAGGAAGAUCAAGCCCACUCAUAUGGAGCGGACCAUUUUUGGUGAUGCUGCCGGGGGCGAUGACACUCUCUUCAAUGUUGCCGAGACCGCAGUGGGCCGCGUGUCCGCGCUUCUUUGCUGGGAACAUUUACAGCCAUUGUUGAAAUACCACACUUUAUCUCAACGCCCCCAGAUCCACGUUGGAGGAUGGCCCCCUCUUGGCCCUGGAGACACGCCCGGUGCGACGGCUUCGAUCCUCAAAGAUGGAGCAAGGGCUUUGACACGUGUGUUUGGCAUGGAAUCACAGGCUUUCGGUCUUCACAACAGCACCGUUAUCUCCACCGCGGGCGUGGAAGCUAAUGAAGCGCAAGGCGCCAGACUGAUGUCAACGCCCGGAGGCGGCACAUCGAUUGUGUACGGGCCAGAUGGGAAGACCCUGACCGAGGAUUUGCCCGAGACAGAAGAAGGGAUGGUCUACUGUGAUCUGAAUAUGGAUACGUGUGUCGUGGCAAAAUCAUUCAUUGAUUGCAUUGGACAGUAUUCCAGGCCAGACAUUCUGUCUUUAUCUGUGGACCAGAGACCACGCCGGCACGUCCACUACGCCAUUGACAGCAGUGGGUCUCUGGCACCGAGAUCGAGUAAGGGCUCGUCUGGGCAAUGA